AUGACACUCCGCCAAGCUCUUCCCUUAGACCUCAACGCUCUCUUGGAGGUCGUCCACCUCGCAAUGCCCGAUGAACCCUCUUGGCCCUAUCGCUACGCUUACAGUGCCCAAUUCCCCGAGGAUACCUUAAAGUACACUAGGAUGGUCUUUGAGUACUUUCUUGAUCCCGAAUUUGAAGAUUGGUGCGCUAUGGUUGUGGAGAGUGAGAUUGGGGGUGUUGGGAUGAUGGUGGGAUUUGCGGUUUGGUAUUUUGGGUAUGGGUGUGUGGAUGAAGGGACAGAGGGAAAGUUUGUUAGGAUUCGUGAGUUGGUUGUUUUGAUUUUGGUGUUGGUGUUGGUGUUGGAGUUGAACGGGGGUGCUGAUUAGGUUAUGCAGCGCAUUUGGAAGUUGAGAAGAGAGGUGGGAGGACGAGGAGGGAUCUCCAUCCUGCGAGGAAUGCUGCAGUUAAGGAAGCUUACAUAGAAGGUAAAACGAGGUAUCUUGAUGAUGUUGACGGGGAUAAACAGCUACUUUUACAAUGGCUUGUAUGUUGAACUUCUUUGCUCCUAUUCCUAUGACCUUCCUCGCUAUAAUCAAGUUAAUCAUUUCGUAAUUGAGACUAUCCAGGGCGUUCAUCCUGAUUUCAGACGAAGGGGUUUUGGGACGACGUUGUGUCAAUGGGGUUUGGAGAAAGCGGAUAGUGAUGGCGUGGUCCUGGCCGUUAUGGGAGGGAAAGUAGGGAUGGAUCUUUACCGCACUUCGGGAUUUGAGGAGCCAGGUAAGGUGAGGGCACGGGUUGAGGGGGAGGUGGAUUAUAUUGAUAUUUGUGCUUUGGUUUGGGAUGGGAGGAGGAAAUAGUCUUACCCCUAGUUGUGUAUAUUGAUAGCUCUAUCUAAAAGGAAUAUGUUGGUAAUCUUCUUUAAGCCCUUUCGAGAAAUAUUAUUAUAGAACUCGUAAUAAGUUGGACAGAUUAAGUAGUUUAUUGUUGUGCUGGGUCUACUUUCUCUUUUGCUCCACUUCCUUAUUUGAUCCACUUAUAGUUCUGCUGCCUAAAUGCUUCAUGUCUGCCUAAACCUUACACUCUUUAUAUAAACACCUUAGAUAGCUACCUUUUACAAGGCAAUCAAUUCUCCAUGACCUUCAGUACCCAAUACCCUUUCAACCCAAUAUUUAUUUAAACUGUAUCUAUUGAAUAUCGUUAACUUAGAAGAAGUAAAUGAAGGAAAUUACUAAGCUAGGUAUGUGCUAAUAUGCAUUUGUUUAACUCCGUACUUACUAGUAACUACUACAUUUUCCGGGAGGCUCCGAGGCGCCAGUUUAUUAUAAAGAUUUUCAUUUGAUAAACACAAAAGCCGCGAAUAUUAUAAAGUUGUAUUUUACGUAAAAUCGGCUUCAAUGUUUUUCUCGAGUAACAAAGAGGCAUCGGAUCCGACUCCAAUAAUAACAACAGGAACCAACCAACAUUCCAAAUCUCACUUAAUAUUUCUGCCACCCAAGCUUUCCCGAACCCUUCAAAAAUGCCCAUGUGGCGAAUGUACCAGUCAUUUUACUUCCAGAAUAUCCCUGCUUGUAAUCACUAACUUGGUUGAGUUGACUCAAUACGGCGCGUUACAAUUUCGCUGAAACAUAGACUCACCUCUAGAUCUAAUAACACUCUCUCCUACUACCCGAAUCGCACAUCUCUUUUCGCACGAUACUAUGGCCAAAGUUUCGUCGCCUCAUAAUAUCAUCCUACCUACUGGACAAGAAAAAGAAGUUAUUAAUAUGAACCCAAUGCCCUACACGACAUUCAUUUCUCGAGAAAAAAAGCUCUUAACAGUGCUCCUUGGUCUCGCCACCAUCGCUUCCCCUCUCAUGGCAACGAUAUAUUUUCCACUUCUCCCACUUUUGAGGGCAAAUUUCAAAACAUCAUCGCAGGCAAUCAAUCUUACAAUCACGAUAUACAUUAUUUUUCAAGCCCUAUCAGCCGCAAUCUUCGGACCUCUUUCAGAUACAUUGGGUCGUCGACCAAUCUAUCUCUUAACGUUAGCACUCUACGUCAUUGGCAACAUAGGCCUGGCAUUGAAUAAGCACAAUUAUGCGGCAUUGCUGUCUCUCAGGGCUGUGCAGAGUAUGGAGGCUAGUGCAGCGUUUGCUGUGAGUUAUGGUGUGGUUGCUGAUGUGUGUGUCCCGAGUGAGAGAGGUCGAAUGCUGGGUCCUGUGAGCAUGGCUUUGAAUCUGGGAGCAUGUGUGGGUCCAGUGGUAGGAGGAUGGGUCGCGUUUAUUAGUGGCAGUUUUGAGUGGGUAUUUUGGUCGCUGGUUAUCGUGGGUGCUGUUUUGCUGGUGGGUGUUGCGUGUCUAUUGCCUGAGACGGCCAGGUCUGUAUUUGGGAAUGGCCAUGGAAGAAGAUAUUUGAAUUGGUGGGACAAAAGCUUGUGGAGUUUGAGCAAGUGUUGGGUCGACUCUAAGAAAGGAAAGUGCCAGGUGGAAACAGAAUUUGGAAGGAAAAAUUCAGUUGCCGAAGAAGGACGUGCCAAUAUUGGAAGGAGGUUUGAGAUGCGGAAUCCUUUGGCUUGUUUAUUGAUCAUCUUUCACUACGAUACCUUUCUCGCACUUUGGAUGCACAGUUCUUUCUAUACUGUCGACUAUUCGAUGGUAGCUGCAACCCCCGACAUAUACAAAUCUAUCUAUCGAUUCAACGAAAUGUAA